AUGGCUGACGACGACGGCGGAAUCGACGAUUUGCUCGAGGGAAUGGACGAUUUGGACGCUGCACUAUUUGGAAAAAACGCUGCUAACCGAAAACCGCAACCAAGAAAUGCCUUAUCAUCUAUGCUUGAUAGGGCUCCUUCACGAUCAGCGAUUGAUAGUUUGUUCGGAGGACCAUCAACUUCCAAUGCACCUUCUUCGGCGGCAACUCCUGCUCCACGGCAGCCACGACAGCAGACAAACUUAAGCGAUUUGUUCGGCGACUCUCGACGGGAAGAGGUUGCACCUGCUGUUUCUGUUACGGCUUCUUCAAAGGUAUCAACCAGCUCAAAUGUUGAAACACCACCAACACCAAAAAAAGAGUUGGUGUCGUCAUUGGAUACGCAACGAAUUCAUAGGCUUGAAGCAGAAAUCGAGCGUUUGAAUCGUGAGUUGGACGAUUUGAAGAGACGAAAGCGAGACGAUGAAGAAGAUCUCGAGAGGAUUUGGAAAGAUCGUAUUGAUAAAGUUAACCGCGAUCAUGCUGAAGAGGUUGAACAAAUUAAAUCUAAUCAACAAAAAAUUCAAGCAAAAUUAGAGGAAGAACAUAAAACUGAACUGGAACGCUUAAAAAGCAAUUAUGAUAGGCAAUUGGAAUGUUUGACGAGCACUCUAGGCGAAAAUAAAAAUAUUAUCAAUGUUGUUGAAAAAGUAGACAAUAUCUCAACAACAAUUGAGAAAAUAGCUGGAGAUGUUAGCACCACUAGCGACAAACUGUACAGCGAAAGAGAGUUACUUUUGCGAAUUAGAGAGGAAAAAUUGGAAAUGAAGGAGGAAAAACUUCGAGAUGAAAUAUCCAAAUUUGCUGAAGAACGAGAGAAGGUUCAUGAAUUGAACAUUCGGCUAAAUGAUUUAUGCAAACAACAGGAAGGAUUUCACGAAACAGAAAAGUGGAAGGUUAGAGAAGAAUGGAGAAAACUUCAAAUUGAAAAAGAGCUCUUUCAAAAGGAUCAACAAUUUAUUUUGAGCAACAUUGAAGCGGAAAAGUCAAAAAUUGAAAACAAAAUGAGUUCAUUUUAUAACGAACAACAUGAACUCCUUAUGAGGGUUUCAAAUGAACGAAAUAUUCUCGAACGCGAGAAAAACGAAUUCUAUUCAAAACGCAAUAUGGACAUAAAACGUAUUAAGGAUGAAGCUGCAUGCUUAGAUGCGAAAAUCCAACAAAUUUUAACAGCAGAAGCACAUUUUGAAGAGUUAAAAACUACGUAUGACUCAAAAAUGCGGCAGCUUCAAGAUCUCGAAGUGUCUCUAAUGGAAGAAUGUAAAGAAAUGGAUCGUAUCCGGAAUCAACUGCAAGCUUCUUCUCUGCUUACGGAGAAGUAUCCAAUGAGUACAUCUCAAAACAUUGCACACCGAUUCGACCAUGGUUUCGAUAAUGUUCCUCAGAGUGGGCAGGAAAGUAAUAGAAGAACUGAUAGUGUUCGGGUUACGCUUAGGAAAAACGCCGACUUACUCGAGAAGUAUGUUGGACAGAAAGUUGCAGCAGUUGCUCCCAACCAAUAA